CUUCUGUUGUGGCCACAGCAAAAGUGCUUAACCCAAGAUGAAGUGCUUGGCGUUUGUGCUCCUGGCGGCUGCCGUUUGCGCUUCCGAAAUCGAGAAGCGAGAGGCGGAGCCCAGCGUAGUUUAUCAUUCCGGCUACAGAACUUCAGUCAAUCCUCUACCGUCCUACGGACCAUCCCUCCCUACUCACCAUUACAAGAGAUCAGCAGAUGCUGCGCCUUCCAAUGCUUAUGGUAUCAGGACCGGCUUCCACACUCCUGUAUAUGGACACAACGUUCAUACACUCCACAAACGGGCUGCUGACGCUGAAGCUUCUCGACUUUACUCUCACAGAAGCUAUUCUUCUAUCCCCGUAGUCUACGGAGGAUACCAUGAUCACCGGUUCCACAAGAGGUCUGCUGAACCAGAAGCAGAGGCUGAGGCUUCUCGCGGUUAUCUCCCUUAUCUUCCAUACACUCCAGUUGCACCUUACGGCCGACACAUCUACAAGAGGUCUGCUGAACCAGAAGCUGAGGCUGAGGCUUCUCGCGGUUAUCUCCCUUAUCUUCCAUACACUCCAGUUGCACCUUACGGCCGACACAUCUACAAGAGGUCUGCUGAACCAGAAGCAGAGGCUGAGGCUUCUCGCGGUUAUCUCCCUUAUCUUCCAUACACUCCAGUUGCACCUUACGGCCGACAUAUCUACAAGAGGUCUGCUGAACCAGAAGCAGAGGCUGAGGCUUCUCGCAGUUAUCUCCCUUAUCUUCCAUACACUCCAGUUGCACCUUACGGCCGACACAUCUACAAGAGGUCUGCUGAACCAGAAGCUGAGGCUGAGGCUUCUCGCGGUUAUCUUCCUUAUCUUCCAUACACUCCAGUUGCACCUUACGGCCGACACAUCUACAAGAGGUCUGCUGAACCAGAAGCAGAGGCUGAGGCUUCUCGCGGUUAUCUCCCUUAUCUUCCAUACACUCCAGUUGCACCUUACGGCCGACACAUCUACAAGAGGUCUGCUGAACCAGAAGCUGAGGCUGAGGCUUCUCGCAGUUAUCUCCCUUAUCUUCCAUACACUCCAGUUGCACCUUACGGCCGACACAUCUACAAGAGGUCUGCUGAACCAGAAGCAGAGGCUGAGGCUUCUCGCGGUUAUCUUCCUUAUCUUCCAUACACUCCAGUUGCACCUUACGGCCGACACAUCUACAAGAGGUCUGCUGAACCAGAAGCUGUCGCUGAGGCUUCUCUCAGUUAUCUCCCUUAUCUUCCAUACUCUCCAGUUGAACCUUACGGCCGACACAUCUACAAGAGGUCUGCUGAACCAGAAGCAGAGGCUGAGGCUUCUCGCGGUUAUCUCCCUUAUCUUCCAUACACUCCAGUUGCACCUUACGGCCGACACAUCUACAAGAGGUCUGCUGAACCAGAAGCUGAGGCUGAGGCUUCUCGCAGUUAUCUCCCUUAUCUUCCAUACACUCCAGUUGCACCUUACGGCCGACACAUCUACAAGAGGUCUGCUGAACCAGAAGCUGAGGCUGAGGCUUCUCGCGGUUAUCUUCCUUAUCUUCCAUACACUCCAGUUGCACCUUACGGCCGACACAUCUACAAGAGGUCUGCUGAACCAGAAGCUGUCGCUGAGGCUUCUCUCAGUUAUCUCCCUUAUCUUCCAUACUCUCCAGUUGAACCUUACGGCCGACACAUCUACAAGAGGUCUGCUGAACCAGAAGCAGAGGCUGAGGCUUCUCGCGGUUAUCUCCCUUAUCUUCUAUACUCUCCAGUUGCACCUUACGGCCGACAAAUCUACAAGAGGUCUGCUGAACCAGAAGCUGAAGCUGAGGCUUCUCGCGGUUAUCUCCCUUAUCUUCCAUACUCUCCAGUUGCAACUUACGGCCGACACAUCUACAAGAGGUCUGCUGAACCAGAAGCAGAGGCUGAGGCUUCUCGCGGUUAUCUCCCUUAUCUUCCAUACUCUCCAGUUGCACCUUACGGCCGACACAUCUACAAGAGGUCUGCUGAACCAGAAGCAGAGGCUGAGGCUUCUCGCGGUUAUCUCCCUUAUCUUCCAUACUCUCCAGUUGCAACUUACGGCCGACAAAUCUACAAGAGGUCUGCUGAACCAGAAGCUGAAGCUGAGGCUUCUCGCGGUUAUCUCCCUUAUCUUCCAUACUCUCCAGUUGCAACUUACGGCCGACACUUCUACUAGAGGUCUGCUGAGCCUGAAGCAGAGCUAUCUUACCUAUACGAUCCUGUCUCUUACGCACACACUUCUGUUUAUCGUUCCCUCUAUUACUGAACCGGUACAUAACUGUCAAUUAUGCCAAGCAGGAGCCAUAGUGUGUCAUCUCAUGAAUUCGACCGGAAAAAAAUCCAAUAAAUCUUUAC